AAGUGAAUUGUGGGUAACUUCUACUUCCUGAAUAUGUUUUGUCAGUCAGCUGUUGCAGGAAACUUUUGACACAUCUUUAAUAAAAAAAGAACUUUUCAAGAAUACCCAUUAUUACAUGCAACGUAUCCAACGAGGGCAUCUGACAUUCACAGGGGACUAUAUUUCAAACUAUAAGUAAAGCCAUAAGCAUCUGGCGGAAUGAGUUUGAACGAGCACUCCUUGCAGGCGCUGUCAUGGAGAAAACUUUAUUUGAGUAGAGCAAAGCUGAAAGCUACGAGUCGUACCUCUGCUCUUUUGUCAGGUUUCGCCAUGGUUGCCAUGGUGGAGGUCCAGCUGGACCCCAACCACGAGUACCCCCCUGGGCUCCUCAUCGCCUUCAGCGCCUGCACCACCAUCCUGGUGGCGGUGCACCUCUUCGCACUCAUGAUCAGCACCUGCAUCCUGCCCAACCUCGAGGCUGUCAGCAACGUCCACAACCUGAACUCGGUCAACGAAUCCCCGCACGAGCGCAUGCACCGGCACAUUGAGCUGGCCUGGGCCUUCUCCACCGUCAUCGGCACGCUGCUCUUCCUGACGGAGGUGGUGCUCCUGUGCUGGGUUAAGUUCCUGCCGCUGCGGCGCCCCGAGGACAAGGACAACGGGCAGAUCAGCCCCGGCGAGGCGGCCGCCAUAGCCUCCACGUGCAUCAUGGUGCCCUUCGGCGUGGUGUUCAUCAUGUUCGCUAUUCACUUCUACCGCACGCUGGUCAGCCACAAGACGGACCGGCAGAUCAAGGAGCUGGAGCGCGUGAUCCAGCUCCAGAACCAGCUGGACCACGGGGGCGAGGCGGCCGAUGACCUCCAGGGGUCGGUCCACUUCCCCAUGGUCUAGAGGGGGGACCCGCCCAAGACUUUGGGAUGUAGUCAUAACGAUAAGAAAUGUUUUAUUCUCUACGAAAUGGGGGAUGAGUGGUGGUGUUUUUAGUUUCACUGGUUUAGAAUUUUAGCUCAGUCCACCUUGCAUGUUCAUUGCUCUCCACUUUAUAUCUCAUCGGAUCUCUGUUGUCAAGGUUAUUGUCGCUGGACUCAUAGUCGUCUGCCAUAAGGCUUAUCUGGGAACUGUUAAAGGACUGCCGUGUGAUUGUUGUUUUAUGUUUUGGAAAUGCCAUCAAGGCUUAAUUCAUUGAAGAGGUCAAGUUAGUGUGCAGGGUCAGGGUUAGGGUAACUGCUCUUCCGGCACUGGCAGAAAGCCCAGGGAUACUUUUGAUUGGGUGAUGCUUUUGUUCAUGCAUGCUGUUUUGCGAUGUGCAUUGUUGCCACAGUUAGACUACUGUAAUCACAGAAUGCGUUGUGGUACUGUAUCUGUUACAUAACUGAUGUACUUUGGGUUAUUUCUUCUCCCUACUCGCAUGGAAACUGCAUGGAUAUUGCAGUUGAAGUGAGGGGCGUAUGUGAAUUUAGCCUCAGGGGUAGGGACCCAGUAUUUAUCCUUUAUUGGUGGAGAUAUUACAUCCUUUAAAGGCCGGGAUUCUCCCAUUUUGCCAAAGAGAUCUUAACUACAAAUUGCCAUGUUCCUUUUAUUCAAGUCCAGUACUUAUAAUUAGGUCAAUAUGUUGUUCUUCAACAACACAGGGCUGCCCAAGGGAUAUGGAUAUCCUAAGCUCAUUGGCCUUCCAGUCAUGCUGUACUGUAUAGGAACAUUUAUUACUGUAAAUGUCCCUUGGUGUUGCAAACAACGGCAGCUUGUUUAUAUUUUAGUGUUUUGUUAUCACGCUGCAAUGCAACAUCACAGUAACUGUGAUGUGUUACUAGUAGGCAGCUAGAAGUGGUAUGAAUGUGGAAUUACUGCACAUUAAGGGCUGCAAUGAAUAAUUGUUUUCAUAGUCGAUUAGUUACAAAGGUAAUUUAUUAUUACAUUUAUUAAUCUAGGCACAUAUAAAUGUGAUGUAUGAUAGCCGAAGCCCACCACAAGUUACCAUAGUGUAAAUUUGCAAAACGGAAAAAUUAGUGUAAAUUAGAAAAACAGAAGUGUUAAUUUUAAAUUGAACCAAAUAUUUAUGUAGCAUUAAGCAGAACAGAUUUGAUAUUUGUAGUUAAUUACAUUCGAUUUAUCUUCUGUCGAUCGUUUAAUUGCCUAAUCGUUGCAGCCCUGUUCUGUGUGUGUGUGUGUGUGUGUGUGUGUGUGUGUGUGUGUGUGUGUGUGUGUGUGUGUGUGUGUGUGUGUGUGUGUGUGUGUGUGUGUGUGUGUGUGUGUGUGUGUGUGUGUGUGUGUUGUUUACCCUGUUGGAUGUAAAUCAGAAUAUCUCCAUCCAAGUGUAAUAGAUCCAUCUAGCUGAACUUGAUCCACUUUCUACACUGAAAACUUUCAGCGCAAUGGGUACACCUCGGCAAAGAAAGUAUAUAUUUUUAUACUCUUAAGCAGAAGGCACUUAUUUUAUUAUAUUUGUGUCAUUGAUCAUAAUAAACAAGUGUUUACAAAAUAACUUGUUUUUUAGGGCUGCUGACAUUUAAAUUGAUUAAGACAAAUGCCAAAGAACAAUUGAAUACUGUAAGGAUAGUACAAAACAUCAUUGAUUGCUUAUAAAGAAAAUAUUAAAUCAUUUUUUAAGUUUUGGUCUCUCAAGUUAUAUUUGUAUUAUCUGAAACAUCCUAAAAGACAAGUUUUUUUUCCUACUGCCUUAAUGUGUUAUUUAUUGGUUUUAGUGAAAACUUAUUUUAUUAGGUGAUACACCUUUCAAGUAUUUGAAAAUAUUUGCUAUAUGUAGGCUUAUUUUAAAUGCAUGGUGUGAUAUGGUGAAUAUUUUAUAGUAAAUUGAAAUACUUCUAUGGUCCAUAUAUGGAGUAUGAUCUUUAUUUUGGAAAUGAGAGACAAUUGUGAUUAAAUAGGUUCUAUAAUUUCAUUUGGAAUGUCAUGUGGAAAACUAAAAUUCAUGGACUACAGUUUAUUGUUUUACGUUUUUCAAACUUGACAUACUGCCUCUUGGACAGCUAUUAAUACAUAAAGCUGUUUUUUCAAACCCCAUAAUUAAAAACUUGAACUAAGAGGUA